CUGAGCCCUCACCCCAUGUCACAUUUUAGCAUCUGUUUGGCCAAUAAGACUGCGGCACACAAACCAGUCUUAUUCCCCACUUGGCCUCUCCUUUUAUGUCACAAUAUGAACUUGUGGAUAUUAAUCUGGCUACAGCUGCUUACAAACCAGUUGGCAAGGUCAAGAGGACCAGCACAGUAAGAUGUGGAAGAGAAUCGACCGUCAACUCAAGAUCAAAGCAGGGGAUGGGCCUCAGGCAAGCCAGCUCAAGGAAUUGGGUCCAGCUCAGGAACUCACUGUGCCACACCCUGUAGCGCUGUCAGAAUUCCAGAGCUUCCCUGUGUUUGAGGACAUCAGUCAUCACAUCAAAGAAGUGGGGGCCCAGCUGGUAAAGAAAGUCAAUGCCAUCUUUCAGCUGGACAUCACCAAGGAUGGGAAGACCAUUCUGCAGUGGACCAUUGAUCUGAAGAAUGGCUCUGGGAGCAUGUAUCCAGGACCCGCCAGGCUCCCAGCGGACACUGUCUUCACAAUCCCGGAGCCUGUCUUUAUGGCGCUGGUUUUGGGCAAAAUGAACCCUCAGAAGGCUUUCCUUGCUGGCAAGCUCAAAGUGAGCGGCAAAGUUCUGCUUGGCCAGAAGCUGGAGAGGGUUUUCAAAGACUGGGCUAAGUACUGAGCCUGCAAAAAUACCAAGGAAAUGACCAGCACUUCCCUCCGAUUAUAAUGUUGAGCGGAAAUCACGCUUCAGCUGAAGAUUAAAACAAAAAGUAUUCAAUAUUUUUUCUCCAAUUCUUCCUAUUCAAGUUUAAUCAAUUUUUCUGCUGAUGUGUAAAUUUGGAGCGAGGGUUCUAGAGCAGUAAAGAGUGUUGGAGUGUAUCAUCUAAAA